GAUGCCCGUACAGCAGGUUGCCGCACACCAGCAGAGGCCGAUGCGUACUUUGAGCACAGGAGAAGGGAGGCUGAAGAGAGUGCUCAUAGGGCCAAAGAUGGCUCUCAACUGGGCCCCAGCAGCCAUGGAGCCUUCAUGGGAUCUUCGGACCCAAGAGCUGCGGGACAGGGUUCCUCAAGCUCUGCUAACAUUGUGGAAACAAUGGGCUAUAGCGGCGCGGAUUUGCUGUCUGAAAAUGAGAAGAGGCUUUGCACCGAAAUUAGGGUACCGCCACAAGUUUAUCUCAGCAUGCAGCAAGUGAUGUCAGUGGAGAUCUUCAAAGGUAAGGUCACCAAGAAGAUGGACGCCUACCACUUGUUUCAGAUGGACCCUAGCAAGAUUGAUCGGGGGGGGGAAGCAUGGAACUGUGAAUUCCAUUGCAUGAUUAAUACUGCAAGAUUGAUCGGGGGGGGAAGCAUGGAACUGUGAAUUCCAUUGCAUGAUUAAUACUACUGAGAUUUACAGGUUUUGCUAAUAUAUGAGUAAAUGCCCAGUGGCUGAGACGAAAGUACCCAACAAAAAGUCAAAAUGCCCCUCAGCUCAUCUAUUAUUAUCUGCC